AUGCAAUCCCAUCAGGGCAAGCUGGUAUCGCUGGCAGGGGAGAGCGAGUACGCAUCGUCGCUGGCGUCGGGGCGGGUGGCGGUGAUAGUGGACGAGGACCCCUACCUCGACCUCUUCUCCGCUUCCUUCUGUGACGCCAUGCAGGCGUCGCAGCCCUUCUCCAUCCUCAACCUCGCCUUUGUGGGUGCACUGUGCACGCAUGUGGGUGCAGCCCUCCUCCUCUCCCUUUCCUCCCUCCUCUCCCUCUCCUCCCUCUUCUCCCGCCCCCCCUCCCCUCCCUCCCCUCCCUCCCCUCCCUUCCCUCCCUCCCCUUUCUUCCCUCCUCACCCUCCCUGUCCUCUCACCACCAAUGCCCCGCACGCAUUCCCCCAAGGGGUCACAGGUGGGUGCGGAGGGCAUGUCACAAGUGGGUGCGGCGGGCAUGUCACAAGUGGUUGCGGCGGGCAUGUCACAAGUGGGUGCGGCGGGCAUGUCACGACCCUGAAUUCUCUUUGCUCCUCUCUCCCUCUCCUCUCACCACCAUCGUCACCCCACCCCUCAGGCGUUCCCAUUCGCAUCUUAAAUCCCAUUUAUCCUUUCUCCAUCUCCCCUCACCACUGUCACCCAGGGGUGACAGGUGGGGGCGGACAUAUCUCAAGCCACGUCGACCUUCAUGUGCUUCCGCACGUCUCAAACUCCCCUCCUCUCCUCUCACCACCAUUGCCCCCAGGCCUUCCCCAAGGGGUCACAGGUGGGGGUGGAUAUCUCUCAAGCCAUCCUGGAGCUGCAGAGGAAGGGGGAGUUGGAGCGACUCAAGGAGCAGUACUUGCAGCCUCUUCCCUCUUCCCUCUCCAUGAACGUGCUCAUGGUGGUGAACGUGCUCAUGGUGGUGAACGUGCUCAUGGUGGUGAACGUGCUCAUGGUGGUGAACGUGCUCAUGGUGGUGAACGUGCUCAUGGUGGUGAACGUGCUCAUGGUGGUGAACGUGCUCAUGGUGGUGAACGUGCUCACCUCCCUCUUCUCUAUUCUCUCUUAUCUUGUCCCUCUUCUCUCUUCUCUUGUCCCUCUUCUCUCUUCUCUCAUCCCUCUUCUCUCUUCUCUCGUCCCUCUUCUCUCUUAACUCGUCCCUCUCCUCUCUUCUGUCCUCUCUACUCUCUUCUCUCUCGUCUCUCUUCCCACUGCCCUCUCCACCGACCCCAUCUUCCCUCGUCAGAAGGACAGCAUGUGUGUCGACCACCAGGCGCCUCAGCAGUGUUGACGCAGGUGAACGUGCAGAAGCUCAUUCCUCGCCUCUCUCUCUCUGCCCAACACCUCCCCCGCCUCUCACCACCACCUCUUCAGAAGGACAGCACGCGUGUCAACGGCCAGGCGGCAUCGGCAGGGUUGACGGAGGUGAACAUGCACAAGUUCAUGGCGCUGCUCCUCCUCUACCUCGUACUCUUGCUGCUCUGCUGCAUCGCCUAUGCCAACCAACAACUGCUUGUUCCGCCUGGGGACUUUGGUUCCUAUUACCACAGAGCCAGUGAUAUCAGGAAUAAUGACAGCGAUGUUGACGAUAAGGGUGGUACUGAUGGUGACGGGUGUGCUGCAGACGUGCUGGUUCCGUCGCGAAUCUCUUCUCACGUGCACCCGCCGAUUCGACCAGCUUCUAUGGCAGCAGUAGCAGCAGCAGCAGCAGCAGCAGCAGCAGCAGCAGCAGCAGCAGCAGCAGCAGCAGCAGCAGCAGCAGCAGCAGCAGCAGCAGCACCACCACCACCACCACCACCACCACCACCACCACCACCACCACCACCACCACCACCACCACCACCACCACCACCACCACCACCACCACCACCACCACCACCACCACCACCACCACCACCACCACCACCACCACCACCACCACCACCACCACCAGCACCACCACCAGCAGCACCAGCACGACUUUGUGUGUGGGGUUGUCAAGGCAAGGCAGCAAGCGGCAGGAAGUGCUUGAGGCGCUUUGGGAGGAAGGCAGUGAGGAGGGGAGAGUAG